AUGGAUACAUCGAAUUUAUGUAGAAGUUGUAUGAAAGAAGUGGCUUCGUGGGAGAAAGAUAAUUUUGAUCCGAGAGUGGUGGAAAUGUUUUGUUUUUGCACUAAUAUCGCGAUAUCAGAAGAAGAUAAACUGCCAAAACAGUUCUGCUAUGAUUGUGCAAUCAAAAUUGAGUCUGCAUUCACCUACAUUACGGAAGCUCAUAAAGUAGACGCUACCCUGAAGAAUAUAAUUUCAAGAACAAACACUUCCAUCAUUGUAGAACCAGAGACACAAUCCAGGCAUAUAGAUAGUCUCAAACUGACGCUUCCAGAUUAUAAAAUUAGUGCAACCAUAGACAGUUAUGAUGAACACAUACUUUUUGAUAACAUAGAAUUGGCGGCCAGUGAUAGUCAAAUCAUUCCGGAGAAAACUUUAGAAGAAAUAGAACCAAUUCAAAAUAUUCCUGAGGAAGUUGAAAAUGCAGAAGAAAAUAAUCCAGAAAGUGUGAAAGAGAAGGUGAAUGCAGAUGAAACUAAGAAGAAUAUUUGUCCCAUUUGUAGGAAAGCUUUUACUUCAAAAACUUGGUUCAACAAGCAUAUGAAGAAGGAGCACACUGAGAAUAAAUAUGUUUGCCCACAAUGCCCUAAAACAUUCUCCAAAGCCUCUCUUUUAUCUGAUCAUACUGCAUCACACUCGGACGAGCGCAAGUUCGCUUGUUCUACGUGCGGUAAACGCUUCAAGAGACGCAAGCAGCUCGCGUGUCAUGCACGUGCGCACGCUGAUAUCAGGCCAUAUGCCUGUGACAAGUGCAGUAUGAGGUUCAAGAUAAAGAGUAUAUUGAAGUCUCACAUGAAGGUACACGACGGGGAUAAGCAGUACUUGUGCUACUUCUGUGGGUGGAGCUUUGCACAAGCUGGUAACCUAGAAGUACACAUGCGCAAGCACACAGGCGAGAAACCGUUCUGCUGCAAUGAGUGCGGGUUCCGUGCCGCCGUGUCCUCCAACCUGCGCCGUCACCAGCGCCAGCAUCAGGCUGCCAAGACAUACGUCUGCAAGCAUUGUAAUAAGGGAUUCUAUGAUGCUAGUGGGCUGGCUCGUCAUUUACGCACACAUACAGGAGAGCUUCCAUAUCAGUGUCCUGGGUGCGCACGCGCAUUCGCUGACAGUUGGAAGCGCAAGACGCAUCUCAUGCGCGCGCACAGACUCGCCCUGCCCGAUAUACCGCGGAUGCGGCGAGAUGGGCGCACUAUCAAUUGA